AUGAAGAUUUGGACGUCGGAGCACGUCUUUGACCACCCUUGGGAAACUGUUACAACAGCUGCAAUGCAAAAAUAUCCAAAUCCAAUGAACCCAAGCGUGGUUGGAGUCGAUGUAUUGGACAGACAUGUAGAUCCUUCUGGAAAGUUGCACAGCCAUAGACUGCUCAGCACAGAGUGGGGACUGCCUUCCAUUGUGAAAUCUCUGAUUGGUGCGGCAAGAACCAAAACAUAUGUGCAAGAACAUUCUGUAGUUGAUCCUGUGGAGAAAACAAUGGAACUUAAAUCCACUAAUAUUUCAUUUACAAAUAUGGUUUCAGUAGAUGAGAGACUUAUAUAUAAACCACAUCCUCAGGACCCAGAAAGAACUGUUUUGACUCAAGAGGCCAUCAUCACUGUCAAAGGAGUCAGCCUCAGUAGUUACCUGGAAGGGCUGAUGGCGAGCACAAUAUCUUCAAAUGCUAGUAAAGGUCGAGAAGCAAUGGAAUGGGUAAUACAUAAAUUAAAUGCUGAGAUUGAAGAAUUAACGGCUUCAGCAAGAGGAAGCAUAAGGACGCCAAUGGCAGCAGCAGCAUUUGUAGAGAAAUGA